AUGGCUUUCUCAAUAAACCUGGCAAAAUUAAGCCAUGUGCCUGGUAGAGCCAAAGUAGUCCAAACCCAUCGGGCUCUUGAUGAUAGUAAAUUAUUAGCAGAAUUAUUGGAAAAAUUGCUAAAAACUCUCAAAGAAAAUAAAAUUAGCCAGUGGGGACAAGUCAAAGAAUUAAUUAAGGAUGUUUUUUUUCCUAACCGGGGCUUCAAAGUGAAAAUUUUAGCAACUAGCCAGGAAGGAUUACAUAAUCUCUACCGACUAAUAACCCUUUCUCAUACCGAAAGGUUAUUCAAAAAACCUUCUAUUUUUCGUUCGGAUUUAGCAAAAUAUCGUGCCGGUCUUUUAGUUGGUGCUGCUGGUGGUCGCGAAGGAGAAACAUUUGCCUUGUUUAGUUCUUUUAACUUUGCCGCCAAAAAACGGAAAAAACUGCUUUUUUAUGAUUACGUGGAAGUUAACAGCCCCCAAACUUUUCGUUAUUUAUGGUUGAACGGGCAAAUCAGCGAAACCGAAUUAAAAGAAAUGACCAAAAAAAUUAUCAAUGCAGCCGAAGAAGCAAAAAUUCCUGUUAUCGCUUCCCACCAUGUCUACUAUUGCCAAAGCAAAGAAAGAUUAUUAAAAGAAAUUAUUGUUGCCAAUGAAGGAAUGAAUGGCACCCGCCAUUAUCUCUAUAACCAGGCAACUUUGGAUGAAAAAGAGGAUCGCUUUGCUUAUCUCCCCCCACAGCACUUACUUACUCUCGAAGAAAUGAUUGAUAAUUGGCUCUUUUUGCAAGACAAGCAAUUAAUCGAAAAACUUAUUUUUAAGUAUCCACAGGAAAUAGUAAGCCAAGUCGGAGAGGUUAACAUUAAGCAGCCUCCUCUUAACUACUCGGCCACCGGCAGUAGCGGUCGGGAAGAAAAUGAUUUAAUUACAGCCUAUACUCAACGAGCCAAUGAAAUUUUUGAAGGAGAAAAAACGCCUGAUAUUGACCUUAAUUUUUCCGGCGAAUAUCAAAAAGUUGCCCAUAAUUAUGUGCGAAAAUUGCUCGGAUGGUUUAAUAAGGAAAAAUUACGAGAAUUAGAAAAAAAAUUAUUGCAGGUAUUCAUUAGCAUUAUUCUCGGAGUGGUGGUCCUGAUUAUCGGCAGUUUUUGGUUAGGAAGGAUAACUACCCAAAGCCAAUCGUCGGACUCCAAGAAUAACCAAACACCCAGCGAUAAUUCCGAAGUCCAAGCCUUAAAAUCGCAACUAAAAGAAGUCAAAAAUCAACUAAAAAAUUUAACCAACGAGCCUCAGAAAAAUCAAUUAGAGGACAAAAUAACGGCACUAGAAAAUAAGGUAAAAGAACUGGCUAACCCGGAUAAAUCAACUAUCCGGCAAUUAGAGAAGGAAAUUAAAGAAAUUAAGGAGAAAUUAGAAAAUACGAAACCCGACGAUAAUCCCUCCCCUACUGAUAAUAAUCAACUACAAUUUAAAGUCUAUUAUUUUGGAAAAGUAGGAGAAAAUCAUAUGUGGCCUGAUGUAGACGCUGAAAAUAGCAACAAAAUUAUUCUUAUUGACAAAGAAAACAUCAUCUUUCCUAAUGAUGAGUUAACGCAAAGAGGACAAAAUUAUACUAUUACCUUUUUGCCCCAAAAUGCUGAAAAAUAUCACAAUCAAAAAAAUUGUAUCAAUUGCCAAAAAGAAGUAGAAAUAGGGGAAAAAGAUGUUUAUUAUCUUAUUAGGGAUAACUUCGUUAAUAAGGAUUGUCUUUUUGGAGAAUACGAUGGGGAAGUUUUGAAAUACGACCCUAAAUCUGCUGAUAGAUUUGGUAAUUGUUUUCCAAAUCCUAUCUGCCCUUGGUGUGAGGUUGAGUUUCUUGGUUCUAGGGAAUUUUCCCCUGGACAUCAUUUAGACCACUAUUACCACUUUCAUGGAAAAGAUAAGGGGAAAUGUGAUAAAAAUAAUCACAAAACCGAAGAGGAAAUGAAAAGGUUAGAAAACUCAGAAAUAAAGUUGUAUUAUCUUGAAGGCUCUCCAGAUAAAAUUGAGGAACUGAGGAAGCGAAUUGCCAAAUUAGAGGCUAUUGUUAAUCGCACAUCCCAGCAAGAGCAGGAGUUAAAGGAUAAAAAGCAAGAAUUAGCCGAAUUAGAGAAACAACAAUCACAAGACCCUAAAAAAACCAACUGA